UCCACCUCCCCUGCACAGCUACACAGGAGCAAGUGAAUAAAGCGUACCGAUCUCGCGCCCUCGCCAAUCAUCCGGAUCGCGGGGGUAAGGAGGAAGACUUUAAGCUUGUGGCGGAGUGAGUUGUUCACUCGCCCAGGGAUGCGAUGCAUAGCUUGGACUGAUUGACUGACUGACCUCACCCCUCACCCUCCCUCUCGCCCUCCUGGCUCUCCCUCUCUCUCUCUGCGCACACAGGGCCUACGAAACCCUCUCCGACCCUGAGAGGCGGAGUAGGUACGAUCGACGCUUGAACGGGACUUACGAGCCUAGCAGAGCUGCUGCUGGUGGUAGUAGCGGCGGUGACAGGUAUACGGCACAAGGGUUCAGGGAUAGGAGACGAGGUCCCGUAGAUCCCUUCGACUUGUUCGACGACCUAUUCCCCGAUUUCUUCCCUUCUCGGAGAAGGGGAGCAGCAGGCCAGGGCGGGAGGGGUAGGAGGGGGGACCCAUUUGCUGAUUUGAUGGGCGGUAGCGCUUUCCCCUUUGGCGGUAGUGGGCUUGGAGGAGGAGGAGGAGCAACAGCAGCAGCGGGGAGCUUUUUCGACGAUGACUUCUUCUCCAGCACGCUGGAGCCUUUCCCUUCGCACCGGGGAGGUCUCGCCCGAGAGUCUCUCGCUCAACCGCGAUCCAACUUUAGGACCGGCUCCAGCUACUCGUCUUCAUCCUUCAGCACCACCUCCUCCACCGCUGGUGCUUCUCGCCACACAUCACAGCAGCGCAGCACACGGAUCGUCAACGGGGUGCGGGAGGAGGUGACAGAGACGCGAGACGCGAGGGGAAACGUGACGGUACACAUGACGCGCGGGGAUGGGAGUCAGAGCGUUCAUGUGAAUGGGGUGGAGCAGGCUAGUCAUCCGUUGCUCGAGGGUGAGAGGACCAGGAGAGGCAGUCAGCGUGACGGCGACCGCGAUGUGGGCUCUGCUGGUCGACCGAUCACUGUUGAUUAGCUGGACCAGAGUAUACCAUUCUCUUCCUUCUCAAGAGGCGCAGCCCCUAUCGCUUCACCCCUGCUGCUCUACUGGCUCAUGGCAUCGCAGGCACGGCGAGAGUGAGCUCGAGUGUAUGCAAACUCGUCCUCGCUGAAAGUGAAGGCGACUGUGGACGUGGAUAGACGAAGUUCGCGGCGGGUAUGUACAAAUACAGGUCCUGGGCACUGGACCAGGAGCAAUGAGUGCAGCAUCGUCGUCUCGUGCCGUGACU